AUGGUACGUUAUGCUUUGAAAGUUAAAGUGCUCACACGUAAACCCGAAGAGUAUAUACGCGAGAAAUCCAGCGAUCUUCAUAGAAUAAGAAGAAAUUAUGAUCCAGUUCUUCACCCACUCGAAAAAGCUCGCGAAUACACGCGCGCACUGAAUGCAGUGAAGCUAGAACGGAUGUUUGCAAAACCGUUUGUUGGUGCUCUUAAUGGUCACAACGAUGGCGUCUAUUGUAUGGCAAAGAAUCCAAGAAAGAUUACUUCGCUGAUAUCUGGGAGUGGUGAUGGGGCCGAUCGAACCACUGUUUGGAGUGUCCAGGGACACAAGGGUACUGUCAAAGGAGUUUGCUGUGGUCCUGCAGGAAAUGUUUUUCUGUCAUGCGGCCUUGACAAGACUGUAAAAGUGUGGAACCCUGACGUAUCGACUGAGCCUGCGAAUACAUAUUUGGGGAAGUUUGCGUACAGUGCGAUAGAUCAUCAUCGGUCCGAUCCUAUUUUUGCUACUUCAAGUACUCAAAUAGAAAUUUGGGACGAGAGCAGAUCUCAGCCUAUAAACACGUUCUCAUGGAGUGCAGAUACAAUAAACACAGUACGAUUCAAUCAGACCGAGAAGAGUAUACUAGCAGGUUGCGGUAACGAUCGUUCGAUCAUCCUAUAUGACCUGCGAACGGGUUCUCCACUGGCUAAAAUGCUGAUGGAAAUGAAGACGAAUGCCAUAUCAUGGAAUCCGAUGGAAGCAUUCAACUUUACCACGGCUAAUGAAGACCAAAACUGCUACACAUUCGACAUGCGGAAAAUGAACGUAGCAUUAAAUAUUUUCAAAGAUCACGUGUCAGCGGUUCUCGACGUUGAUUAUUCACCAACUGGUGAAGAAAUAGUAACAGGUGCAUAUGAUCGCACGCUUCGAAUAUUCAGAUCACGUGAAGGACAUAGUCGAGACGUCUACCAUACCAAGAGAAUGCAGAGAAUAUUCUGUGUCAAAUAUAGCGUCGAUUCUAAAUUUGUAUUAUCAGGCUCAGAUGACGGCAAUGUCAGGUUAUGGAAAGCUAAAGCCUCUGAGAAACUAGGAGCGAAAAGUUAUCGGGAGCGGGCUUAUCUGGAAUAUUCUGAACAACUCAAAGCGCGAUAUAAAGAUUUGCCCGAGAUCAGACGUAUUGCAAGACACCGUCAUAUACCCAAAGAGAUCAAGUCUAUGCAGCAGAAGAAACAAAUUAUGCUCAGCGCACAAAAACGAAAAGAGGAAAAUCUCAGAAAACAUUCAAAAGAGGGGACAGUACCGUAUCAAGCGGAACGCAAGAAAAAGAUUAUUGGAGUCGCAAAAUAG